UUAUUUGAAACAGCUCUUACCCUCUCUCUCUUCUCCUUGCGACACAUUUGCAAGAUGGAGUUAUCAGUAUCAGCUGAUUUUUGAUCAUGACCUUUUUUAUCAGUUUUGCCAAGUUACCCAAUCCAAUUGCCAUUAGAUAUCUUGAGAUUUUGUGAUAUUCAAACACUCUGAUACGAUUUUACUCUUGGUCUCUCCAUUUAGUUUCAUUCAUUUUGUAUGUAUCGAGCACUAAAAUCAUUUACAAAAAAGUUGUGUGAUUGAAGCCAUAAGUUUUUACUCUGAUAAUUCCAUCUACGCACACAUGGAUAAUGACUAACAAGUUGUUCCAGGAAGAAGGUGUUGGCACAUGACUAAAUUAUUGUAAUCUGUUGAUGUAUUCGCAAUUUUUAUUGUAGUAAUCUUCAAUCUGACGAUAACGAAAAAACCAAAAAUAAAAAGGAAAUAAAUACUUAAUUGUGCGUACAGUAAGGAUUACUCUGAUUGCAAUAAACUAAUUAAAAGAAAACAUGGAUAGUUUUCUGCAGCUCAUGUGUUUUGUGCCAAUUUCGUCAAAUGUCAAAUAGUUAUUUAGCUUUAAAUGUUUGCAAAAUCAAGAUUCUUUCCAUCAUUGCAUAAUGGGGGCCAAGGAUUCAAAACCCUGUUGUAUAUCUUAUGAGGAAGCAGUUAAAAGAGUCAGUGAAGCUGAAUUGAAACGUCUGAAAGAAGCUUUUAAAAGAAUUGCACCUCUCAAUGGGUUUAUCUCUAAGCAACUAUUUGUAAAAGAUGUCCUUGGAGAAAAUGUUCCACCAGUUGUGGCGGAGCAUAUAUAUGCUGCCUGUGGUGGCACUGCCAGAGGGAUCGCUUUCAAAGAGCUUGUAUGUGGAUUGGUUUUGCUCACGCGUGGAAGUGAUGAAGAGAAGUACAAAUUUCUAUUCGGACUGUAUUCCAACGAAAACGGCAGCUACAUUUCUGGAGAAGAAUUUCAUCGGACCUUGAACACAUUAGAGGCAGAUAAAGUUCCUGAUUACAUUAACACGCUUUGCAAUGAGCAUGGCCGGAUAUCAUACGAAGAGUUUCGAGAGUGGCUGAAAGAACAUCCAGAUGCUUUUUCCUUAAGUCGUUGGCUUUUAUCAGAACCGUGCACAGUAUCUCUGAGCAAUGAACAAAAAACGCCUACGUUUUACCAGACUCUGGCUGGAGUCACUCACUUGGAAGAAAGUGAUAUCAUGGAGUUGGAGAAAAGGUAUUGGAAUUUUAAAGCCAAGUCCAACAGUGGUCGUCUUGACCUAACCACCCUUCUGCCAUUGAUCAGUCCACCUGUACCUUUGUCAGUUUGUCCUGGCAUAUUUGCUGCUUUUGAUGAGAACCGAGACAACCAUAUUGAUUUUAAAGAAAUGGCGUGUGGAAUAUCUGCAGCUUGUCGGGGACCUUUGACGGAAAGACUAAAAUUUUGCUUCAAAGUCUUUGACUCUGACAGAGAUGGUGUUCUGUGCAAGGCUGAAAUCGAGCAUAUGAUUAACGUUCUGUUGUUCAUCCGCUCCGAGAACCAAUCAGAGGACGAAAGAGAAAAAUAUCCACACUCAUCGCCAUCCACCAAAAAUGAUGUUGACUCAAUUUUGGCAGAUAUAAACCAGUUCUCAUCCAUACAGGAUUGCCUUACAAUGGAAGAAUAUUUAAUGUGGACUAUCGACAAUUCUCUUCCGCUGGAUUUUCUUAAUCUAAUUUUUCAAGUAUGCCAUAUAGUAUUGGGCCUCAGGCCGAUGACUAGGAAAGAGGAAGGAGAAGUUGUUUUAGGAUGGGCGAAUCGAGAAGAGCGUAGAGGGUAUAUUCCUGGUCAAUUUUGGUUCCUUAUUGAUAUUGUCUGGUGGAAGCUGUGGAAUGAUUUCAUUUCUCCAAAUUCAGUGGUUAAUGGAAACGUUGAGUCAUUAGAAGACGUGCCAAAUACCAAAGUCAAUACACUGAAAAGAGCAACCUCAAAACUUGGGUCAACGGGCAAACUAUUCCAAUUGGGUCAAAGUUCUCUUGUGGAAAAUUCUGUUGCUCUUGAUAAUAAGGCAUCGGUGGUUGGAACAGGAAUCACGCUGAACCUUUGGAGUCAAACUCAACCUGUAAAUGAUAAAGUUAGUUCAACCAUAGAAACUAGCAGUCCAAGGCAAUCUCCAGUACCUGGAAGACGAGGAGUCAUGCCACGACCCGGACCCAUUGAUAAUAGUAAUUUAGUAGCUGCACCCACUUACAAAGUGCCUUCUUUGACUGCUGAAGGAGGGAAACUAAAGCGCCAUCUGUUAACCCGAGGCCGAGAUUUUGAAUUAGUCCCAGAAUCUCUGUGGACAGCACUCUCAGAUUGGUAUGGAGGAGCUCCGCGUUUACCUCGGCAGGUUAUUCUUCCCAAGGGAGCCUCUCAACCAGACCUGGAGCUCUACCCCGUAACCUUACGGCUUUUGAGGCAUUCAACGCAGCCAGUUGCCCCACAAACUUCUUGGUCUGUUUCUACAACUGGUUUGGCCUAUGUACCCCAUUUACCUGGUGUAUCUUUGAAAAAACAGCUCUCCUACACAGCUGCAUUCAGUAAAUUGGCCACUGUGAAGCACGUUUAUGAUUUUCUUUGUUCGAAACUACGCUUCAGAGCAGAAGACAUGAGGCUUUGGCAUUAUUUUGACGAGGCAAACAUGGUCCUGAUUGAGGAUGAAGACGCAACUCUGGAAGAGCUGGGAGUUUGCGAUGAUGAUCAAAUCCUGAUUGAGUUGCAGAACAAAGAUUUAACAUGGCCUGAAGAAAUGGAGUCUCUAGCUCUAACCAGUGCUAAUGAUCGCCAUCGACAAGUGCCAACUGAAAAAGGUGCGACAGGUUUAAACAACUUGGGAAAUACAUGUUUCAUGAAUGCUGCUCUCCAGUGUGUUAGCAAUACGCAAGUUCUCACCCAAUAUUUUACUUCAAACAUGCACCUCUACGAGCUUAACAGAACAAACCCCCUUGGAAUGAAAGGUCACAUCGCGAAACGGUACGGUGACCUUAUACAUGAAAUUUGGAGUGGCACUGCUAAAACUAUUGCUCCUCUAAAGUUAAGAUGGACAAUCGGAAAAUACGCUCCAAGAUUCAAUGGUUUCCAACAGCAUGACUCCCAAGAACUCUUAGCAUUUCUGCUGGAUGGGCUUCAUGAAGAUUUAAAUAGAGUGCAUGAUAAACCGUACGUCGAAUUGAAAGAUAGCAAUGGGAGAUCUGAUGUUAUCGUUGCACAAGAGGCAUGGGAAAACCACAUUUUGCGGAACAAAUCAAUAAUAGUGGACUUGUUUCAUGGUCAACUCAAGUCAAAAGUCACCUGUAAAAAGUGCCAGCAUGAAUCUGUACGAUUUGAUCCUUUUAACUAUUUGUCUUUGCCUUUACCCAUGGAGUCUUACACUCAUCUGCAAGUUAUUGUUGUUAGGUUGGAUGGCAGUGUACCGGUGAAAUAUGGCCUAAGGAUUAACGUUGACGAAAAGUAUUCAGAUGUGAAAAAUCAAUUAUCAGCAUUGUGUGGUAUUGCAGCUAACCAUUUGAAACUAGUUGAAAUUCAAAAUGCUCAAAUAAAAAGCUCAUUAUCUGAUGAUCAAAAGAUUAAAACGUCGGGGAGUGGCAGUGGAAUGGCAACGACUCCUUUGUAUGCGUACGAAAUACCCUCAUCUUGUUGCAGUGUAGGCGGUCCUGGAUCUCUAUCUGGUGAUGAAGAACGGUUGUCCAUUAACUCCUUGAAGUCAGUUCAUCAGCGUGAUGCUGCACACACAUUUACAGCAAUACAACGAUCUGUUAGGCCUUUACUACCACAGUCAAGUUCAUGCAAUGAACAGGUUAAUGGUGGAGAAGAGUCAAAUGGAAAUGGUGAUCAAAUUAGCCGGAUUCCAGAGGUCGCACCGCAAGGUGAUAUUUCUGCAACUUUAGAGGAAGAACCAACCUUGCAUCCAACCGUUGACAGUGGAAAUUGUAGUGCUAGCUCCACAAGCCUAGCCGACAGCACUGAUACAAAUGCUUCACAUAACCUGGGAUAUCUCACUGCUUUUCAUCGGAAAUCAACCCUCCAAGAUGUUUAUUUUGUUUCGUGGCAAAAAUGUAAACCGAGUUUAUUUGGCCUUCCCGUGAUCGUUCCUUGCACUGACACAACAACUCAUCAGGAUCUAUAUCAAUCUGUGUGGCUGCAAGUUGCUCGCCUUGUCUCGCCACUACCUCCCACCAAUGAAUUUACAACACCUAAUCAUGCAAUGGAUUGCGAUGAUAGCCUAGGCUAUGAAUUUCCAUUUAUUUUGAAAGCUGUCAGUCGAGAUGGUUUACAGUGUGCUUGGUGUCCAUGGUACAGGUUUUGUAGAGGUUGUCGACUUCAAUGCUGUGAUACAGAAUUCAAUUUUGCCUGCUCUUAUCUAGCUAUUGAUUGGGAUCCAACGGCUCUUCAUUUACGAUAUCAAACGAUGCAAGAAAGAGUUUUGGAAGAACACGAGUGCUACGCUGCAUCAAAACAACUUCACUCAGAACCCAUCAAUUUAGAUUAUUGUCUAGCUAUGUUUACGAAAGAAGAAAUUCUAGGAGAGGAUGAAAAAGUCUAUUGCACCAAGUGCAAACAGCAUCAGUUAGCAUCUAAGAAACUUCAGAUUUGGAGGUUACCCCCAAUUUUGAUUGUUCAUCUGAAAAGAUUUCAGUUUGUGAAUGGGAAGUGGGUCAAAUCACAAAAAGUUGUCAACUUUCCAUUCCGAGAUUUUGAGCCGACGGAAUACUUAGCAUCCGUCCCAAAGCAAACUGUGAUGCGUCAUAAAGAGUUGCUAAAAUCCAAAAAUUCAAUAGGUGAGCCAAAGCAGAAUAACAAUAGUUGGAAAACCCAUGAAAGUAUUGUAGAAGAUUCAAGGUCAGACUCUGUGUUAGAAAAUUCAUCCUCAUGUGACAGUUUUAACAGCAACGAGGAAUCAAAAAAUUUUAAGGGAGCAGGCGAACGAAGGGAAAGAUUGGAGUCAACGUCCCUGGAGAAAACUCCAGUUGACGACUUUGCUUUACAAGAUUUCCAUCAACAUCGGUUAGAAGAUAAAGCCGAUCCGUUCGAUCUUCGGUAUCAUCUGUAUGCCAUUGUGAGCCAUUCCGGUAUUCUUGGAGGAGGUCAUUAUGUAUCAUAUGCUUGCAAUCCGAAUGGAAAGUGGUAUUGUUACAACGAUAGCAGUUGUAAGGAGAUUGCGGGUGAUAUUGAUACAAGUUCAGCUUACAUGCUGUUUUACGAGAGGGAAGGUUUGUCUCACAGCAGAUAUCUGCCGAACGUUAGUGGUCUGCCUCAGCCAGACAUCAAAGAUUUAGAUGAUGAUAUUGACUCGGACCUGAAAAAACUCUGCACUAUCAUGUGAGAAAUAAACACAAGAUUUAAGAUACCUUGCCUGCGCCUCCAAAUUGGUGCUGUGAUCAAUCAGCAUUUUAUCCCUUAAUUUUCCUAAUCAGUAGAUCGUUUUUCCCUGUUUAAAAUAUAAUUUCCCUUUUAUUUUGUUCUGUUUAUUUUGUCAGCGGUUUUGUAGUCAUGUCAUUAACAACAAAACCCAGAAGUUUGACAAAUUUCCUGCAUACAAUUUUCCAGUCUGCUGUCAGCAGAAUUAAUUUAAAUUCAGAUUAAUAUUUUAUUUGUUAUUUUAUACUCUAGUAAGCAUGUAUUUGAGUCAUAAAUUCUCGGAACAAGAGAAAAAUCGCCCUCAGCGAAAUCUGUUUGCUGAAGUUAAGUUUUCGUCCAUAAUUUGUUUGUAUCCUUCCAAUGAAAUGUUGUAUUAUUAUUAUCAGACAAUUUGAGGUUGUCAUCAAAAACUGAAAGUUAUCAUCCUUAAAAUUGCCAGUAUUGGCUUCACCUCUGCCAGGGCUCUUUCAAACUCCUUCCAAUUUUUUCUAUUGCAGUAAUAACAAAGUAUCACAUUGUGUUUUUUAAAAAAAAAAAUUCUCAGUGAAUUUUGUCAGCUAAGAGUUUAGCAAAAAAAUAAUAAGAUCAAUCGAUGGCUUUUGCUGCCCAAAAGCCAAGUUUCUACAUCUAAUUUUAAUGGAGAUGUAGCUCAUUGAAAAACAUGGCGUAUGACAUCAUCCAUCAUGGUAUUGCAUAUUAUGGUUUCUUCCACCUUUGUUUCAACAAUUAGUGAUGCACAUAUUUGCACUGGUUGUUAGACGUUAAACACAAAUGAAACCAAAGUGGAAGAAACCAUUGGAUGCUUUACUACGGUGGAUGACAUUAUACAAGUUUUUUGAUGAAUAAUAUCUCCAUAAAUGACGGACGUAAAAAUUUGGCGUUUGGAAUUACACAUCAAAUUAAUUUUUGCUAAUCCACAAGCUUGAAAAAUCAAAACACGUUUCUGUGGUUAGCGCAAUUGACCCAUUGUUAAAACCUCAACCUUGGUGAAGAGCUAUUGAAAUUCCCUGGUAUAGCACUGAAAGGUAAAAAAGUUAUUAUGCUUUAUUAUAAUCAUACUGCAAAUACAUACCUGCUUAGCACUUGAAAUCUUGCAACAAGCCGUUAUCGUAGUUAACAGGAACAAAAGUCGGAAAUUCAAAGUUUCCUAUAAUAAUUUACCAUAAUUUGUUUAAAAUUUCUGCACUGAAACCGGUUUUUUAAAUUAUUACUUUCCGGUAACAAGUUCUUUGUUUCUUCUUAUUUUUUGUAAUUUGUCCUUUGGGUCCCAAUUUCUUAUCUAGCUUUGUUUUUCCUUCUUUCUUUUUUUCUUGCACCAAGUAUGAUAAAACAUGUGUCAAACUGAGUCUUACAAGAUUUUAGAUGUCCCUAGAUCCAAAUCUAAGCAAAUAUUUUUGUAAUCAUUUGUUUUUAAUAGGAACGUGAUACUCAUCGAAAACUCAAGCUUAGGACAGUAGCACUAUGAAAUAUUUGUAUAGUAAAUUAUUUACCGGUUUUUUAUAGCUUGUAUAUAUUGACAGAACCACCAAAUUGUUGAUGAAUUUCUUUUUCGGUUUUGAUUAUCAUGCAUACCUGUACUAUUAGCAUAUUUUUUAUUUUUAUUUUUUAUUACUUUGGUGAAAACAUGAAGAAUAUCUUCUUCAGAAUAAUUCCUGUUGUUGUUGAUAUUGUUAAAUUUGCUAUGAAAAACAGCAUUAAAGUCUUUUUGGUUCAUAAUAAAACUUUGCCAGGCUUCAGUGUCAUAAAGAGCUGUGUUGAAAGUUUUUCAUGUAAAGCACAUUUUUUUAUGUUUUUUCUUGAGUGUCUGUUGAUGAUAAAAGGAAGAUUUUGAUACAGGUAUUUGAUUGUAGAUGCGAUUUUGAAGUUUAAGGAAUUUAUGGUUUAUGCUUUUAAAUGAAAGCUGAAGUCACACACUGCUGUGCAUAGGAAGAACACCAUAUGGACAAUCAGAUGUUGUCAAAAUUCCCCUCAAUAUAAUAUUUAUUUUAUAGGAAAGUUGUGAACAUGUAAAGGUCGAUUUUUCCCGCAAGGAGAAAAGCUGCCCCAUGGAACCGUGUGGUAUCGAAGGGAUACAGAUGAGAAAAAAAGAACGACCGGCUUUAAUGGAAAGGAAAGGUGCAAAUGGCCCAGCCUCCACUCUGGAUGCACACGCUAAUGAACUACAAGAACAAAAGAGAAGAUAAAACGAUAAUACAGCCCUGAUAGAAACUUACAUCUUGGAAGCAGACAAGCUUUGACAUCUUUAAGAAUGCGAAUGACUGAUGGCCAAACUUGUAUUACUGAGUUCCUCCUCCAGGGCGCUCCAGGCGGAGCAAACCGGAAAUAGCAAGUUUCAAAAACUUGGCAGGAGGGCUAUUGACUGUCAUAAAUAUUUUUCCCCGGAAUUUUCAGAUAAUUUAGUCUAAAUCGCGAGUAAAAUCUGCAACAAAUUUGAUGAAAAAUAUUGACAAGUUUUCCUGAAAGUUUUAUUAAUUAAAUUUGGCAACGUCUGAAGACCUAUAUGGCAUUCUUCCUCAGCAUUACAGCAUUUGAGCAAAGCUUUCUCUAUUUGUUUAUAUUUUUAUUUUUAUUCUUCAUUUAGAGCUGAUACCUUUCAUUGAGAAGAACUUCAUCUGAACGCGGUGUGCUUAGGAUUCCUUUCAUUUUUAAUUUUUGUAAAUAUUUUCCAUCAAGGUUCUCCUAUAUUUUUUUCAUAUUCUUUGAGCUUUUGUCAGUAUGUAUUUGAAUAUUUGAUCCUUAUUCAUCAAGUUUGCUUUCAGCUUUCUUCAACUCAUGCUGUGCAUGGUAUAGUGAGUAAAACGGAUGCUUGUGUCUGUGUUUACGUAGCACUGUACAAAUUUACUAUUUAUUUGAACCUGUAUUAUUUUAUUGUGCCUUUCAAUUAAAAGGACUCAGUUCUAUCACUGAAAAAGAAGUCAACACGGAAGUAGAUGGGCGUGGAUAUAAAAAGUAUAUUCAGCGGAAAAUACAGUGAAAACUUGUUUCCACUUUUUCUUUUCUUUUUUCCCCUUUUUUUAAAAACACUUUUUGGGAUUUUAUUUGACUUUAUGAUUCAGUAGUUUCGUCAUUGAUAGUAGGAAUUAUUUGUUCAAGUGUCUUUGCCUAAAUUAUUAAAUAAUUACUUGAAGCUAAGACUGAAAUUGUAGAAGCUAAGAAUGAUCGGUUCAAACCAAGCAAUCAGUUACAGGCACGAUGAAUUGCAAUCUGUAUUAUAAACUUUUCUCUUACUUCCUUAGCAAUUGUAAAAAAUAACACUCAUCGAGUGCAAAGUAAUCUGAAAAGCACUGAUUCAGAAAAUUGUUCGAGUUUUGGUGAUUUUGUGGAUUCAGAUUCGACCAGCAAGGUGCAUAAAGUAUUGUUUUGGAUUAUUAUUAAUUGUUGUUGUUGAUGUUUUCAUUGUUAUUGCUUGAAGUGUGUAGAAUCAAAACUAGCUCAAUUCAUGGCGAAGUUUUAGUAUGUGCUCUAACAUUUUAUUCUUUUGUGGGAUUACAUGGCAGGGACAUUCUUUGAUUUUUUUUUGGGUCAGUGUUCUCUAAAGUGAGCAAGAAAUUUUUGGGAACAAGAUUGUCCUCAUAUCAAGGGGCCAGUGGCAUUCAUAUUAUUAUUAAUUCAUUUUCUAAAAGUAUAGAGUGAACUAAGUUUUCCAGGAAUUUGUUUAGAUUUUUUUAAACCCUAACUGGCAAAGAAACCCAGUUUUGAAAACGCCAAAAAUGGGACCCUUCAAGGCUUGGCUUGCUACGUCAACUUGGCUGCUGGCUUUUGAUUGGUCGGAUUUUAAUUAGCUUUUUCUUCUCUUAAAAAUGAUUUUUGAACAUUUUCAUGAACUAUUUGGUUUUUUCCUGAAAUUUUAUCCAUGGAAAACUAUACUGCAACCCUGCACAAAUUCUUUGUUCCUGCUCUGUCAAAUAACAUUAAAUUAGCUCACACCAAAAUCUUUAUGUGGACUUAGCUAGUUUUUUUUGCAUGCUUCAUUUUUAGCUUUUACUCUUACCCCUUCUGUUUUUACUUUUAUAGUGCCAGUAUCAUGGUUUUUAGCAUAUUUAGAAUCUUGUGUGUCCAGAAUAUAAUUGGAUACAACCAUGGAAAGAAGUCUCUGUUUGCCCCUGCAUGUAAAAUUCAGUUUCUCUCUUAUUGAAUGUGUCCUAAUUUCGCCUGCUCUUUUCGAGUUGAAGGCUUUCUUUUCCCCUUAAUUUUCAGUUUUCAGAUUGUCAGUAAAUACCUAGAAGAGUCAUAUUUUUAGACUCAUUAAAAAAAAUCACGUUUCUCCUGGAUUUUAAAAUGUCGUUUUUGAUGAUUUGUAUUUAUUGAGUUACAUUAAUUUCAAUUUUUAUUGAACGAAGUAAUUAUUUUUUCUAAACAUGGACUCAAGUUUGAGAUACAUUUCUGUUAUGUGUUUAAUUGUUUUAUGUGCAACCAGCCUUAUUGAUUUUUAUCAUUUUUAGGCAUUAAUUUUGCCUAGUAAACUUUUUACCAUUAAGACUAAGGUCCCUUUAGGGCGGUAUAUUGUACUUUCCUCAUUAAAAAUAUCUCUCUUCAUUCACCCUGCCAUCACAAAGCUCUCAUUGCACAGUCAGUUUUUCCCUACAGAUAAGGUCAAGUGCAUGUGUCAUUUUUCCAUUAUUCCAUUAAUGGGCUACUACACUAGGUUGAAAAGCACUAAGCACAAAACGAAUUGCUUAUCAACAUUUGAUGUAGAAUAAGGUGAACAUCAUUUUAGCUCAUAAGAGGAAGUAUCGUUCUUUGAAUUUGUAAAUUCAAACUUUGCCUUUACCCAAAAAUCUAAGUUUUCAUAAAUGAAAUCCAUCAUUGAAUUCAUUUUAGUAUGCUUUAUAACACAGUAGGACUUAGUGUGCUACAUCAUUUAAGAAUACUGUAAAUCAGAUGAGUAAGAUUUUUUUUUUUAAACCCAGCUGUAAUUAUCUCCCCAAGUUCAUUCUUUGUGACCAAUCUGACCUAUGUCAAUUUUGGUUUUCUUAGUGAGUGAAAGUUUUUAAUGUAUUUUUCCACAAUGAACAUAGGUUGUGCAGCUGUGCAAAAUGUCUGAUCUUGAAUUAAUUCUUUGAAGGCCUUGUAAAGUGCUUGGAUUUUACUCUUUACUAAUUUUCAGCGAUAAAUACUCGCUGUAUGUGCAGAGUUAAUAAUAAUACAAGGAAGCAGAAGAAGAAAAAAAUCGUACAAAAUCCUCAAAAUUCAAAAUCAGGAUCCUGGGAGAAAACCAUGGGUUGAGAAAACAAUUACAGUAAAGGUCUAGAAAAAUGCAUGAUCUUUUAUUCUUGUGGCUGGACCAACUACGUCAAACAAUAACUCCUAAUAUCUUAUCUGCUAUUAGAUUUGAUUUCGGAAAUUAAGGAGGUUUUCCAGAAAGAGGACCUACUGUACGUAGGUGAGUUCAUUACUCUUAAUGUAUUUGUGCCGCUUUUUCCAUUAACAGUUGCUCAUAGAAACAAGAACUCGGAUUAUUGUAGAACCUUCUUCUCCAAGAGCUCAACAAUCUCAUGGUGUUCAAUAUGUUUACAUUGACCUUUUAAUGAAGAAAAAUGUCUUUAAACACUUUAAUGCCUACUGUAGCAAAUUGUCCCGUAUUUAACGCAAGGAGCAUCUAAAAAUAUCCAGGCUGGUUGCGUAUUGAAUGGUUUACCACCAUUAUGUAUUAAAGUAUUGCCAUUAUGCAGUUCACUUGGAUGACCAAGAAGCAAUUAAUUCUAUUGUUAUUUAAUGCACACCAAGAAUCGGAGAGAUAUUCCAUAAAAGUAUGUCAAGACUGCUGCUGCAAGAACUGAUGCAAACUUUAACAAUUAUUACACUGAGCAUACCCGUAAAAUCUGCAAGAGCUGUUUUCACAGUCAUUCCUUAAUUGCCCUCUUUCUUCAGGUUAAAAUUUAUCAAACAGCAGCCCAUGACAAUGGUGAUAUCAAAAACAUAGGAGGAAAAACGGGAAACAAGGCUUAAAAAUUCCAAAUCAAAAACCCGAUAUGUUUCAGCCCAAAACUGAGCCAUUUUCAGUCGGAAGAAUAAAAAUAAAGUAUAAAAAUGCCAAAUAGAAACCUGAAGACUACAUGAUGGCUGAGAAAAUCAAAACAAAGCUGAAGAGCGACUGAAAAUGGCUCAGUUUUGGCCAAAACGUCUUGGAUUUUUUAUGUGUAAUUUUUAGCCUUGUUUCCUGUUUUUUCUCCUAUGUUUUUGAUACCUCUUUCUUUAGGGGGCCCCAUAUAGUUUUAAUCACGACUAUGGGACGCUCAAGGAGGCCGAGAAUAAAGCAUCGUAAAAUGGACAAUUUUUCCAAACCUGGAGCCGAAUUCAAGAGUAUAAUUUUGGUAUAAUAAAUCCUCAACAAUUAUUAGAAUGAUUCGUUAUCUUAGCUGAAUGUUGGCAUUCAGCUCACAGGGCUCCCCAUACUUCUAAGUAAUAUCUCUCUCAAUUAUCUUCUUACAGUGGCAACACAUUCACUGAAUGGUAGGAGAUUGUAAAUAAACUUUCAGGGCACAAAUAUCUUUUUAGUUCGCCUUUGAUUUGUCAAGUCAGUUAUUCAUAGUAAAAUAAAGCUGCUUAUAGGGCAGGAGAAGCAAAUAUUAUUGCUGCUCUUCUAGUAUCUUAUCACAGAAUCCAUUAAUGCCAUCCACAAUUUUAAGUAAUUUGUAAAGAAAGUGCCUGUGGAUCAUGUUAGAAAUACUAAGUUCAUGAGUCUUGUAUCGGAUCAUUUACUUUAGGAAAUGUGCGAAUGAGAAAAGAUGUCCUAUUUUUAAAGACUUUCAUUGCAUUCCUUUUGUUAAAAUUUGUUCAAAAUGUUUAGUAGUUCAAUAUUAUAAUGUUGUAUUUUCCCAACAACAGUCCUGUCCUCUUUUCAAUAUUUCUAUGUCACUGCAAUGAAAAUUACUCACCUGAAUGGUAGUAGUCACUUUUUAAUGGUUAAGGAAAAUUACUAUCGCAUGUAUACUUCAACCAUGAAAUACGUGAACUGAUUUAAGCGGAGUGACUUGACUAUCUAAGGCGUUGCCUGAUUUUUUCUCAUGUUUUAUAUUUUGGCACAGAACUUAACUACUUAUUGCCUUUAAACAUUCUAUGAAUUUACUCUAGAGUUUAAAGGUUGUAAAGCAGUACCCCAAUUCUCCAAAGCCACAGUUAUCGAACGUAAAAAAUAAUCCAAGUUUUUGGUCAGAAACAAGUUAGCGGACACCAUGAAAUCGAUUUUUUUGGCCACAGUGGAAUACAAGUGUGGUUUCUCGUUUUUUUCCCUCUAGUAACUUACCGUGUUUUACAAAUUCGAUCAAAAAUCAAUUUGUGCUUUUUGGUUACAAACAGAGCCUGAAACGUCAUUUUUUAAUUUUUUUUAGAUGGUGGUGCUUAUCUAAUGCUGUCCUCCCCACAAAUAGUCGGAUAAUUGGAGAGUUACUGUUCUCUUUAUUUUAAGUUUCCGCGUUGCUUGGUUUUCUGUUUCAAAAGUAACACAUCACAAAAAUUAGGCAACGUCUGUUGUAGUAAGGCUGAUUCCACUUAAAUCCAUCCAAUGGAUUACAUUUUGUAUUUAGGAACCAAAAUUUCUGGCUCAUCCGUAAAAACUCUUACGAGCAUGGGGGAACUAAUGGUACGUACGUUGUUUUUAAACUAAGCCAGAAUUUGUAGUUCCCAAUUGCAAGAUGUAGUCCACUUUGUCAACUUUAAACACCGAGUCUGCAAGAUUAAAUUUCUUGGUUGGUGUUAUCAAUGGUUUCCUCCAUUGAGUUCAAUAACCACUGCUUGGAAGAUGUUAUUAUGCUUUCAUACUUCUACAUUACUCCGAACACACCAAUUUUUACAAAACUUUCUCCUCCACUCUUUGCUUGGUUACACAAAAGAUUUUCCACAUGCAUGUCACCCAUGAUUUAGUUGUCUAUAAAAAAUGCAUAUUUAGACUAGAUCAAAAGGAAACUUAAGUCUUAUUUAAAAUCAAUUCUCAUUACCAAUCAUUUUGAGCAUCAUUAGUUUCAAGUCACCAGGUUGAAUUAUCAUUCGACCUGUUUUUGAGAUCAUUGCGCAAGGUCUUUUCGAAAUGUUCAUCUUCUGUUGUUUUAGAAAUAGAGCAAGUACGCUCUAACAUAUUUGUCAGGCAGAGCUUUUAUAAGACUUUUACAGUGCCUCAUUUUCUUAAAUUUUUUCAUAAGUUAAUAUACUACAUCUUUUUUUUCUAAAAUGUUCAGUUUCUUAAUCUAAUGUAGAUGAAACUUUUCCUUCCCCUGAGCUGCGUUUUAAUGCUAAUUUUCUAAAAAGCUUAAAUCAUAUUAUGUUUUCAUGAUUCAAAUUAGUGUUGGAAAUACGAAUUUUUGACACUGAUACAAACAUGUAUACAUUCUCUUUUUUAAAACAGCAUCAGCCUCACUACCUUUUUUAUUAAGGCUCUCAAAAACUAUCAUUCAAGAAAUUGAAAUAAUUCUCGGUAAUCCUCUUGUACAAUAAUUUCCAAGUAACUUUGUACUUUUAGUUCAUAAUGGAUGGAGUUUUUUUUCACUUUUUUUUCAUUUCAACGACAUAUUUUUUAUGAUUUAUUUAUCUUCCAUUUCAACUGGCAUAUUUACAGAUAUUAGUGUAAUAUAGACCUGGAGGAUUUUAUGAGUGGUUGUUACGUGCUUUUUGUUUCUGUUCAAUUACUUUUUUAAUGAAACCAUUAAUUUUUCAACUCUGCAAUAGCUCUAUCCAAGUUCUAGGUGUGGUCCAAUUAGACUCUCAAAACAAAUAAAAUUUUAAUGGCUAACAGCUAUGGUGGUUGUGCUUAUUCCAUUGUAUUUUUUAAAGUACAGUAAUUAAAGUGCACCAUCUUAGGAAUUUCUUCUUUUUUACUUUAUCGGUUUAUGCUUUUGGGUGAUUUGUAAACCAAUUCUUAUGAACAUUCCAUUAUUCAUAGAUUUUUAAAAAUAAAAAUUUGGUCUCAUGCUGUCCUUUACUACACCUACAGUAGCCAUUACAAUAUGCUAUCAAGAACAAUAUUUCGAAAAUGCCUCUUAAGUCAAACACUGUUGCAUUAUUUUCCAGCACAACAAAAAAAAUAUCACCAGAGAAAAUUCAUUUUUUGUUUGGCAUAAUAAUUGCAAAAUUUGUUUGACAGGUGUAACAUUCCUAUUUUGUUCAAAUGCGAUCAAAGAUUAUAGUGGACAGAGUUUUAUUAAUUGGAUUUUUUUUUGCAAUUCAACAACUCUGUCAUAAAAUUUUUCAUGCAACAAUUUAAAUGUGUCAGAUCUCAGGAUUGUCGCCAAAAUUAUUAUGAGAGGUCCUCAGCUCAAUCUUCUUGAAUGACGUCUCAUUAGUUGUGAAUAAGCAGCUGACUCAUUUAUCGAUUUGUUUGUAUCAUAUUCCGACCCUUUUGUCAGAUCAAUAAUGUCCCAUUAAUGUGUGUGCAAGGAGGAGAAUUUCAUACAUUAAGAGCUGUUCUUUACUAAAAUAAGUUGUUUAAGCUCGCUAUUUCACAAGAAUUUUAGAUUCGUAUUAAUACACGCACGAUUCAAUUGCAACACAUAAUUAUGACUCUGGAACCAAGAGAACACUAAUCUCAUUCACCUAGCGACAUCGCAAAUUUAAUGUUAUGUUAGAUUUCAUGUUUAUGGAGCUGAUUAUUGUUACCUCUAGAAAAUUUUCUUUCUUUGUCAUUCUCUUAACAUUUUCUUGAAAAAUAUUGCUGGGUUUCUUAGAACAAAAAGAAGAACAAUUUGAGUCGACACUGCAAUUAAGAUUAAAGUGUUUUUGUUUCACUGUGGAUUAAUUGAAUAUUUCAGUUGAUUUUCUCAUACUUUUUGUGGCAAUGGGUCAGUUGUGUAGUCACAGCAUCGUGUUCUGAUAGUUUAAGCUCAUAGUUUAACAAAUAUCAAUCAAAUCUGCUUAAAAACCAAAUUUCGAUUUUCAACAUUGGCGGAGAUAUUGUCCAUCCAAAAACUUGGUGCAUGAUAUCAUCCACCUCAGCAGUGCAUACUGUUGUUUCUUCCAUCUUGAUUUCAUCCGUGUUCUUUGUCAGCAACUAGUGCGAAUGUGUAAAUUACUGAUUGACAAAACCAAGGUGGCAGAAGCAUGCUAUGCAUAACCAUGGUUGAUGACGUCGUACGUUUUUUGAUAAGAAAUAUCUCCGUUUAUAUUUGACAUAGAAAGUUGGCAUUGGAACAGAUCCCACCAUUUUUCAUUAAUCUACAAGCUUAAUCCAUCAAAAUACGACUUUAUGACUGGUACAACUGACCCAUUAAAUGUUUUAUUUCGUGCCAUUCAUUUUCAGUUUAAUUUUUAAGAUGCUUGCAGGUAAGGAAAUCAUGUACGUAGAACACAUUUUGCAAAAAUAAGGUAUUCUAUCUUCUCAAGUUCACGUAUGAACGGCUUAUUUCAUCAAGGAUGUAAAUGCAGUGAGAUUUUUGUCUUCAAUUAAAUACAGUUUUCCUUCAGAGACAGAGUAUUUCAAUGUAUUUUUCAAAUACAUCUGAAAUACAACCUUUCAAAUCAAAUGAGAUUCAGGAGACUACUUAAAAUUGAAUUUAUCCGAUUAGGUUCGACACUAAGUAGAUGAAUGCUGAAACCUAAAUAAUACUUGUAGAAAGAUUCUACUGAGACAAGAUUCUGCUACUUAAAAACCAGCGUUGUUUUGAACAUUCUUUUCUUACAUUAGUGAUCAGCUUUUGCUUUCCUUAACUAUGUUCUGUUCUCAUUAAAUUAAUAUUUAUACGUAUAUUCUUUAUUACUUUUUCUUUUUUGAGAAGUUAACUUUUUCUAAGUCAUAUCCUAGUUUCUAAGGUACAAUUAUUGCAUAGUUCUCUGUAUGCCAUAAAGUUUUUAGUUUUCUGUUUGCGUAGCUAUUUCUUGUGUUACUUCAUUCAAGUAUGAUCUACGAUAAUCGAAAAAAGAAUGCUACCUUAUUCUAUAAUUAGUUUAAAUUAUUUGAUUUGGUCAAUGUAUUAUACUGAAAAUGUUGAUUGUUAUACUUAUGAUUGUAAUAAAACAUUGAAAAGAAA